ACUGUUUUGAAACGUAUAUGGUACGUACCCUAGAGUGUGGAAACCAUUUGAAGUAACAAAUGUUGCAAGGAAAAGCUGUUAGUACAUCAUUAAAAGAGAACCACUAACAGAAGCACAACAUGGCUGCUAAGAGUCAUAUAAGUCUGCUGGGACUCAUCAUUUUCUGUUCAUCUCUCACAGGAACAACUGCAGAUACUCAUGUGUUCAGUAGUUCAGGUAAAAAUGUCUCUCUGCCCUGUAUUAAUGCUCUUUCUGACUGCACCUCAACUACAUGGAUCUACAGUAAACAAAGAUCAUCAGUUACAGUAGAACUGAUUAAUGGAGGAAUAAAGAAGAAGGACAUAGAGAGAGCUGAGAGACUGAGUCUGGGGUCUGACUGCUCUCUGAACAUCUAUAAAACAACAGAAGAUGAUCGUGGACUAUACACCUGCCAACAAUAUGUGAAUUAUCAAAAACAUGGAACUGAUACACCGGUUUUUCUACAUGUUCUUCAUGCCUCUUCAUCAUCAUUGCAGACUGAGAUAAAACCAGGCAGGUGUUUGACUCUGUCCUGUCAGUUGUUUUCAUAUGAAGACUCUUGUAGUAGUUUGGUCUGUACUGAGGAUCUUCAGCUGUCCUGGGUGAAUAAGGCUGGUGUUAAUCUACAGACAGACUCCAGAUAUCAGAUAUCAGGAUCAGGACCCUGUAUCAUUACUAUGAGUACAAAACUCCAGAUUGAAGACAACAACACAGAGUGGAGAUGUUUGGUUAAAACGACGAAUGAGAUUAAAACCUCAGCCAACUAUACUGUCAAGUUUAGGGGUCCAUCUGACCCGAGUCCAGCAGUCACCACCACAAAAUAUAAGCCCACAUCAACUAUAAUUGCAUCAGAAACUGAAGACAGUAAGAUUCAUGUGUCAUCAUACAAAGAUACUCAUGUGUUCAGUGGUUCUGGUGAAAAUGUCUCUCUGUCCUGUAUUAAUGCUCUUUCUGACUGCACCUCAACUACAUGGAACUACAACAAUCAUAGAUCAUCAGCUGCAGUAGAACUGAUUGCUGGAGGAAUAAAGAAGAAUAACAUAGAGAGAGCUGAGAGACUGAGUCUGGGGUCUGACUGCUCUCUGAACAUCUAUAAUACAACAGAAGAUGAUCGUGGACUAUACACCUGCAGACAAUAUGUCAAUGGACAAAUACAUGGAAAUGAUGCACGGGUUUAUCUACAUGUUCUUCAUGCCUCUUCAUCAUCAUCACCACAGACUGAGAUAAAACCAGGCAGGUGUUUGACUCUCUCCUGUCAGUUAUUUUCAAAUGAAGACUCUUGUAGUAGUUUGGUCUGUAAUAAGGAUCUUCAGCUUUUCUGGGUGAAUCAGGCUGGUGUUAAUCUACAGACAGACUCCAGAUAUAAGAUAUCACAAACAGGACACUGUAUCAGCACUCUGAGAACAACACUCCAGAAUAAUGACAACAACACAGAUUGGAGAUGUUUGCUUAAAAAGAUUAAAGAGACUAAGACCUCAGCCAACUAUACUGUCAAGUUUAGGGGUCCAUCUGACACAAAUCCAGCAGUCACCACCACAAACUAUGAGACAACAUCAACUAUAAAUGCAUCAGAAACUGAAGACAGUAAGAUUCAUGUGUCAUUAUGCAGAGUGAUUAUUUUGAUUGUUGAGAUAACAGCAUUCGCUGCUCCUACUGUGAUUCUUCUUCAGAUCGUCUGUACAGAAAGAGCUGCAAACAGAAGAAAGACUCAGAUCACCCCGUGAAGACAGUGAUAUCAGCACUUUUGAAAUAAAAUACUAUUUACAAAUAAUAAGCAAGAUAACAGGGAAUUUUUUAUAGAUUUUUAGAGGAAUUUGCUUCCAAAAUCAUUUUCCAGUGAUAAUGAGUGCUUUAAAUAUAACACAGACCCAGACAGGCUGUUUGCGUAAUCUUUUGUCAGCUCUGUGUAACCGCUGAAUUUAAUCUUGUGUCACUUCCUGUUUCAGUGUAUUUUAAUUUUGCAUAAUUACUGCUUAUUUUCCUACAAAAAUCUCUGAAUUUGUUACAAAUACAGUGGUGUGAAAAUG